AUGGGACUUAAGUUCACCGAGACUAGUGCAUUGUCUAAGGAAGAGAAGACUACUUACUGUCACGUCAAGAAUUUUCAGCUUGCUACCCGAAGACUUGAAGAGCUCAGUAUUGCUAUUGGGCCUCUCAAGACACUCCCGAGAGAGAGCACUAUGCUCCCAUCCUUUCAUGGGCUUGACAAUGAGGAUCCUUUCAAGCAUAUUGAUGAAUUUGUUGAGAAAAGUUCCACUGUAAAAAUUCAAAACUUUUCUGAUGAUGCCCUUAAGCUGAAACUUUUUCCCUUUUCACUUAAGGAUAGAGCCAAAGAUUGGCUUAAUUCCUUGGUAGAUGGCGAGCAAUUUCAUGAGACAUGGGAAAGGCUUAGUCAGCUUACUCGAAAGUGUCCCCACCAUGAAGUUCCUAAGUGGCAGUUAGUUCGUAUUUUUUAUGACGGGUUGUCUGAACGGCACCGUCAAAUGGUUGAUGCCUCUUGUGGUGGGACUUUUAUGCUUAAGACCCCGGACGAGGCAUGGGUGUUAUUUGAUAACCUGAGUAACAAUUCCCAACAACACGCCUCGGCCGCUAGAAAAGUUAAUAUGGUUGCCUCAAAUUCCCAACAGCAAAGAGGGAUUUCUGAGGUUGGGCACUCCAAUGAUCUCUCUAACCAAGUGGCUGCUUUGAACAAAAAAUUUGACCAGCUUCUAUCCCUUGGUCAAGUUCCUUCUCUGCCUUCAUAUUUUCAGGAGGCUUGUGCAAUUUGUUCGAGUCCUACUCACUUCGUGAGUGAGUGCCAUAUGGCUUCCCAAUUCCCCGAGUUUGUUCAAGAGCAUGUUAACGCUGCUCAAGGGUUUGCCAGACCCGGUAAUGAUCCUUAUUCUAAUACAUACAACCCGGGAUGGAGAAAUCACCCAAAUUUCUCUUGGAAACAACAAGCUCCGAGCAAUUCUCCUGCUCCACCCCAAAGGCCUAUGUUUACCAACUCUGCCAAUCCUUCAGCCCACCAUCCGACUCAAUCACUGCAGCCAUAUCAAUACCAUAAUACUCCUUCACCUCAAAGAAACUCUGAUUUUGAGGAUAAGGUGCUGCAAGCCCUCCAAGGGCUUGAGGCUACUUCUUGUAAACUUGAGGCAAAUACACAAACCGUCAACUCUCACACACAAUCCAUUUCAAAGAUAGAAGCCCAAAUGGGGCAGCUAGCUAAUGCACUCAGUCGACGAGAGGAGGGUAGGUUACCGAGUCAACCAAUAGGCAAUCUUAAGGGUCAGUAUGCCAUAGAGAAUGCACAAGUGAAUGAUCCUUACCAUGAGCAAGCCAAGGCAGUAGUGACCCUAAGAAAUGGGCGUGUGCUUGACACUAGACCUGAGGGCAACAAGGGUACUUUAGAAGAGUCUGUCACCAACUCCAAGAGUUCUGAGGCUACGAUAGACCAAUCACCGUUGAGAGAGGAUCCAUUCUCUCCUCCUCAAUCGAGCCCCACUCCGGCAUCCUAUGUACCCAAAGCACCAUUCCCUACCCGGCUUGACUCUCUUUCUCCUCUUGGUAAGAAAGGUGCUACCAUAGAAAAUAUGAUGAAGGUGUUCAAGCAAAUCCCUUCAUAUGCAAAAUUUCUCAAGGACCUUUGCACCCAAAAGCGCAAAACUCGGACUCAUGUGUCCAAAAAGGUCCUUCUCACCGAACAAGUGAGCUCUUUCAUCCAGCAUAACACUCCUCCUAAGCUCAAAGACCCAGACUUGGGAGCCAGUGUCAAUUUGCUCCCUUAUUCGGUUUACGAGCAAUUCGGGCUUGGUGAGUUGAAGCCCACAUCAGUCACCCUCCAAUUAGCUGAUAGGUCGAUUAAGGUGCCACGUGGCAUUAUAGAGGAUGUCCUUGUCAAGGUUGAAAACUUCUAUUUUCCUACUGACUUCAUAGUACUUGACACGGAACCAGUGCAUAACCUUAGGAAGCAAACACCUAUCAUACUCGGUCGGCCCUUCUGA